AUGAAGACAGAUUUCAAGUUCUCGAACCUGCUAGGCACGGUUUACUGCCAGGGUAACCUGCUCUAUAGCCCAGAUGGCACCUGCCUUUUCUCUCCAGUUUCGAAUCGAGUCACCGUCUUCAACCUCGUGGAAAACAAGUCGCACACUUUGCCGUUUGCGCAUCGGAAGAACAUCGCUCGGAUCGGCCUGUCUCCACGGGGCAAUCUGUUGCUGUCGGUUGACGAUGAUGGACAUGCCAUUUUGACCAACGUGCCUCGCCGAGUCUCCAUAUACCACUUCUCCUUUCGAUCCAAGGUAACCGCCCUCGCCUUCUCGCCCUCCGGUCGUCAUUUUGCUGUGGGACUAGGUCGGAAGAUAGAAGUAUGGCAAGUCCCUUCAACGCCCGACGCCAAUGCCGAAGGAGACCUUGAAUUUGCACCUUUCAUCCGUCACCAUACCCACACUGGUCAUUUUGAUGACGUCCGACAUAUAGAAUGGUCCCCGGACUCGAGAUUCUUUCUUACUGCUUCCAAGGAUCUAACCGCCAGGGUAUGGAGCCUAAACCCCGAAGACGGCUUCCAGCCUACAGUGCUGUCUGGUCACAAACAAGCCGUCAUUGGUGCCUGGUUCUCCAAGGACCAAGAAACCAUCUACACUGUGAGCAAAGACGGAGCCGUCUUCGACUGGCAAUACACUAGGAACCCCAAUGCCCCCCCGCCGGAAGACUCUGAUGACGAAAUGGAAGAUGACGAGGCAGCCGACAUGCGCUGGAGGAUAGUACAGAAACACUAUUUCAUGCAAGGCAGCGCGACUGUUCGUUGCGCAUCCUACCAUCCAGCGUCCAAUUUGCUGGUGGCAGGAUUCUCCAACGGUGUCUUUGGCCUUUAUGAGAUGCCCGAAUUCAACAUGAUACAUACGCUGAGUAUCUCCCAAAACGAUAUCGACUUUGUCACGAUCAACCAAAGCGGAGAGUGGCUCGCCUUUGGCGCUUCGAAACUUGGGCAGCUGCUGGUCUGGGAGUGGCAGUCUGAGUCGUACAUCCUGAAGCAACAAGGCCACUUCGACUCGAUAAACUCUCUAGUCUACUCACCAGACGGCCAGCGUAUCAUCACAACUGCCGACGACGGCAAGAUCAAAGUCUGGGACGUUGACUCCGGGUUCUGUAUUGUCACCUUCACAGAACAUACCAGCGGUGUAACGGCUUGCGAGUUCGCCAAAAAGGGUAAUGUUCUGUUUACCUCAAGUUUCGACGGCUCUGUGAGGGCCUGGGACUUAAUAAGAUACCGAAAUUUCAGGACCUUCACUGCACCUACAAGACUUCAAUGGGACUGUAUGGCCGUGGAUCCUAGCGGAGAGGUUGUAGCUGCUGGGUCGCGAGAUUCUUUCGACGUUCACAUAUGGUCUGUGCAAACCGGUCAAUUGCUCGAUCAGCUAUCUGGUCACGAAGGACCUGUCUCGUCAUUGGCAUUUGCUCCUAAUGGCGGUUUACUAGUCAGCGGAAGUUGGGACAAGACUGCAAGAAUAUGGUCCAUCUUCGAUCGAACACAGACAAGCGAACCGCUACAGCUUCAAGCCGACGUUCUGGACAUUGCCAUCCGACCUGACUCGGCUCAGUUAGCUAUAUCAACAUUGGAUGGCCAAUUAACUUUCUGGUCCAUCUCGGACGCCGAACAAGUAUCAGGUCUUGAUGGCCGCCGAGAUGUGUCGGGAGGUCGCAAGAUCUCAGAUCGCCGAACUGCGGCUAAUGUUAGUGGUAACAAGAGCUUUAACACUAUUCGGUACAGUACGGACGGCAGUUGUCUGUUAGCUGCUGGAUCAAGCAAAUAUAUCUGCUUGUACUCUGUUAGCACGAUGGUCCUCCUCAAAAAGUAUACUGUUAGCGUCAAUCUCUCGCUGUCUGGAACUCAGGAGUUCCUUAACAGCAAACUGCUUACUGAAGCCGGACCUGAAGGUCUGUUGGAUGACGAGGGUGAAAACUCCGAUCGAGAGGCACGAAAGGACACGUUGCUACCUGGGUCGAAACGAGGUGAUCCUUCAGCUAGGAAGAAGAACCCAGAAGUCAGAGUUACUGGUGUCGGCUUCUCGCCUGCCGGUACAUCAUUCUGUGCCGCGUCAACUGAAGGUCUGCUUGUUUACAGCCUGGACAGCAAUCUCCAGUUCGAUCCGUUUGACCUAAACAUUGAAAUUACACCAGCCUCGACUCUCGCUGUUCUAGAAAACGACAAGGACUACCUCAAGGCUCUUGUUAUGGCUUUCCGUCUCAACGAAGCUGGUUUGAUCAAGAGAGUUUUCCAAGCCAUCCCAUACACUGAGAUUGCGCUCGUUGUUGAGCAGUUCCCGACUAUUUACGUUUCAAGACUUUUGCGCUUCGUGGCAGCACAGACCGAGGAUUCUCCACAUAUGGAAUUCUGUCUACUGUGGAUCAAGGCACUCAUGGACAAGCAUGGAAAGUGGCUCACAGCUAACCGAAGCAAGGUGGACGUAGAGCUUCGUAUUGUUGCAAGGGCCAUAUCCAAAAUGAGAGAUGAUAUUAGGAGGCUGGCUGAUGAGAACGUCUACAUGGUGGAUUAUCUCCUUGGCCAAGCGACUGACAGGAGUCAAGACGCAAAGGUGCAACUGUCCCUUGCAGAUGGUCAAAACGAUUCAGUCAACCUCCUGAUGGCCAAGGAGGAAACAUUAGCCGAUAUUUUGAAUCAGGAGGAGAACGUAUCGGAGAAUGAGUGGAUUGGACUAGAGUGA